AUGAGCCUUCAGGUGGGCAUCCUCGGCAACACAUUUGCCAACCCGUUCAUGAACGCGGCUGGGGUGAUGUGCAGCACCGAAGAAGAGCUGGCGGCCAUGACCGAGUCGACGAGCGGCUCGCUGAUCACGAAGAGCUGCACCCCCGCUCUCCGCGAGGGCAAUCCGGCGCCUCGCUACUACACCCUGCCGCUUGGCAGCAUCAACUCGAUGGGCCUGCCGAACAAGGGGUUUGACUUCUACUUGGCCUACAGCGCGAGGCACCAUGACUACAGCCGGAAGCCGCUCUUUAUCUCCAUCUCCGGUUUCUCGGCGGAGGAAAAUGCUGAGAUGUGCAAACGCCUUGCCCCUGUGGCCGCAGAAAAGGGUGUUAUUCUGGAGCUGAACUUGUCCUGCCCCAACGUUCCCGGCAAGCCGCAGGUGGCCUACGACUUUGACGCGAUGCGGCGUUACUUGGCGGCGAUCUCGGAGGCCUACCCACACCCGUUUGGUGUCAAGAUGCCGCCGUACUUUGACUUUGCCCACUUUGAUGCCGCCGCCGAGAUCCUCAACCAGUUUCCGAAGGUGCAGUUUAUUACCUGCAUCAACAGCAUCGGCAACGGCCUAGUAAUUGACGUGGAGACGGAGUCCGUGGUGAUCAAGCCGAAGCAGGGCUUCGGGGGCCUUGGUGGUCGCUACGUCUUCCCCACAGCGCUGGCAAACGUCAACGCCUUUUACCGCCGCUGCCCGGGAAAACUUAUCUUUGGCUGUGGUGGCGUCUACACUGGUGAGGACGCCUUCCUGCACGUGCUCGCUGGCGCCUCCAUGGUGCAGGUCGGCACGGCGCUGCAUGAGGAGGGCGCCGCCAUCUUUGAGCGCCUCACGGCGGAGCUGCUGGAUGUGAUGGCGAAGAAGGGCUACAAGGCCCUGGACGAGUUCCGCGGCAAGGUUAAGGCAAUGGAUUAA